GUCGCUGUGAAGGAGUGACACUCAAGAAAGCAGCUUAGCUUGUGAACGUAUUGCGUUCUUGCUUAGGUUGAUUGACCACGUAAAUAUGAAGCUCUUCGUUAGCAUUGUUCUCUUCGCCCUUGUGGCAUGCACGGCUUUCGCCGAAGAUGCCGCCAAGAAAGACGAAAAGAAAGAAAAUAAGAAGGACGUUGAAGGGCGCGGUGGUGUGCUGGGAGGCCUGGGUGGCGGCUUCCAGUCGGGAUACGGCGCUACUGCCGGAGGGCACCAGGGGAGCUUCCAGAAGGGCGCCGCAGGACACAACCAGGGAUCCAGCGCCUUCGCUGGCGGCUCUUCCAACAGGGACGUGAGCGCCUACAACAACAAACAGGGCUACAGCCACAGCUCGGGCUUUUCCUCCAGCGACAGCAAGAAAUUCGGCUCUGGCCACCAGCAGGGUUCGUCUGGUUUCCAAGGAGGCGCCGCCGGACAACAGGCAGGAUUUGGACAAUCCUCUUUCGGAAAGGCUGCCGGAGUAGGACACGCGGGCGUUGGCCUCCAUGGCUAAAGGGCUUUUGAACUGAGUUCAUGCAGCAGUGGAAAUGAUAUCACCAAGGAGAAAACAUCGGGCAUGGUCGCUUCAUCUCAUUAUGUAGGCAUUUGAUAUGUCCAAAAACAUUUUGUGCCUGUUUGAGUAGCAAUAUUUUUGUCACUACAGCGCUGGUUCUUCAUCACAAAGGCGGUGGCUCUACCACCAAUUAGUCAAUAAAUUUUUUUAUGCUGAAA